AUGAAAAUGUACAUGGUUUUCAAUCUGAACAGCAGAAUAUUGUACAAUGUGUGUCUUGAUGGUUUAGGUGCCACAUGGAAGAAUAUGAAAGUUGAUGGAAUCAAAAGACAUGCAUCAGUUAUUUAUAAAUAUCUUAAUGGAUAUGAUGGAUGUUAUUUGAGUAUGUACAAGGCUAAUAUAAAUAAACUUGGCUAA